ACAGAAGCCGCGCCUGCGCAUUGGGCUCCGCCUCUCCCAAGCUGAGAUAGUAGGAGUACUUCCGGUGUCCGCGAGCUGCUCAACCGGAACCGGCACAGAUAUCUCUCCCCGUCGCUCUCCGCCAUCGCCAUGUUGAUCACCGUGUACUGCGUGCGCCGAGACCUGUCUGAGAUCACCUUCUCCCUGGAGGUGGAUGGCGACUUCGAGCUGGAGAACUUCCGAGCCCUGUGUGAGCUGGAGAGCGGCAUCCCGGCCUCUGACACCCUGAUAGUCUAUGCAGAGAGACCAUUAACAGAUAAUCAGCGCUCGUUGGCAUCAUACGGAUUAAAAGAUGGUGAUGUGGUGAUUUUGCGGCAGAAAGAAGCCCCAGAAACAAGACCUGCUGCCCCAUUCCCAGGUUUAGAUUUCAGCACCAUAGCGGUUCCCGGUGCCUCCAGCCAACCAGACCCAUCACAGCCCCAGGCUCCUCCUCCCCCGCCAGAUACUUCUUCCUUCCCCCAGGGAUUGGACAAUCCUGCUCUGCUGCGCCAGAUGCUUCUGGCCAAUCCCCACGAACUGUCGCUGCUAAAGGAGAGAAACCCUCCCCUGGCCGAGGCGCUGCUGAGCGGGGAUCUGGAGAAAUUCACCAAAGUUCUGCAGGAGCAGCAGCAGGAGCGCGCCCGCCGGGAGCAGGAGAGAAUCCGACUCUAUUCCGCCGAUCCAUUUGAUUUGGAUGCACAGGCCAAAAUUGAGGAGGAUAUAAGGCAACAUAACAUUGAGGAGAACAUGACGAUAGCGAUGGAGGAGGCGCCGGAGAGCUUUGGGCAGGUGGUGAUGCUUUAUAUUAACUGUAAGGUGAAUGGCUACCCAGUGAAAGCCUUUGUGGAUUCAGGAGCCCAGAUGACAAUCAUGAGUCAGGCGUGUGCUGAGAGGUGUCACAUCAUGAGACUGGUGGACAGGAGGUGGGCUGGCAUCGCCAAGGGGGUCGGCACCCAGAAAAUCAUUGGCAGGGUUCAUCUGGCUCAGGUUCAGAUUGAAGGAGACUUUCUGCCGUGUUCCUUCUCUAUCCUGGAAGAGCAGCCGAUGGACAUGCUCCUGGGCCUGGACAUGUUAAAGAGACAUCAGUGCUCCAUCGACCUAGAGAAGAAUGUCCUGGUCAUCGGCACCACAGGGACCCGCACCACUUUCCUACCCGAGGGGGAGCUUCCGGAGUGUGCCAGGCUGGCGUAUGGGCCCGGGCGGGAGGAGGUGCCCCCGGAGGAGAUUGCAGACCGGGAGCUAGCGGAAGUAUUGCAGAAAUCAGCGGAUGAAGCAGAUAUGGAAACUACCUCACUGAAAGUUCCAUCCCUGGUAUCACCAACCGAUGGACUGGACAACCAUGCCCAUGCUUCUGGCACAACUGCCACUCCCCCUGCCCAUUCAGUCACCCCUCAGACUACUGACCGCUCACUCUCGCCCACUGUGACUGAUAGUAUAGAGCCAUGCAAGAGUGCAUGCAAAGGGGCCACCUCCAGCCCCCAGGGUCAUCUCACUCAGGCUGAACCUUCUCCUCUACCUGUUGAAAGCCUUGGUCCUUGCAAGACUUCAGGAGAUCCAGAAACUCCUCCCUUAGUAUGUCCAGACCAGGCAUCGGAGCUCUUACUUGAGUUACCUGUCCACUCACACGUCCAGCAGGAGAUGGACCUUGCUGGUGAGGCUCAACAACUGACACCAACACAGGCUUUUUCCCUGACACAAGAUCAUGCUAAGGAUGUUGAGCGUGAACAUGAACACUCUUCAUUAGGGGGAGGGCUGAGUGAGGCUACAGAAGCCACAAUGGAAGUGGAGGCAUCUUCUCAUUGUAAUGAGAGAUCUGAUGAGGCAUCUGGCCAAAGCAUCUACUCACCUCCAACGCAGCUGCAUGGAGACCAGACUCCUGGCCAAAGUUCUGCAGAAGAGCAGAUGCUCAGUGGUAGCAUGACACUGGCUGUAGAUCUUCAGCUGCCUCAGCCCCUUUCUGAAAUGCCUGACAGCACCACAGAGGUUAUUUGUCCACUUCCUCCAAGCACCACUGUACCAGAUGGAGAAGACCGUAGUUUCUCUUUGGCCACUGCCCUCAAGGAACUUCAUAAACUUUUGGUCACCAGUGGAGAAGGACCAUGUAGAACAUUGGCCGAUGAGAAGUCUACUUCUCCAUUGGACACUAACCCUGAUGACAAAAGGAACAACCUUAGCGGGCUGCCUUGCCAAAGUUCCUCCAACAAACCCAUGUCCAUUUAUAAUUCUGUGCUUAUAUCUGUAAGAGACAAUGUUGUUAGUGAUGAGAAACUUCUCAGUGAACCAGAGGAAGGGAUAGAGGGGCAAGAUGUUAAGUCUCCAGAACAGCUGGUCUUAAUAGGGGAAUGUGCCACCUCCACUGAUGUUGAACUUCAAAGAACAAAAGUGGAGACCAUAACGGAUUCUGAAGCUGGUGCCAUGCUUGAUGCUUGCCACGUGCCCAGUGUAUCUGAUAUUUCUCUGAUGGAGCAGGAAGCUGGCAGUAGUGAGGAGACUAUCAUGGAAGCUGGCAGUGGUGAGGAGACUAUCAUGGAAGCUGGCAGUAGUGAGGAGACUAUCAUGGAAGCUGGCAGUGGUGAGGAGACGAUCAUGGAAGCUGGCAGUGGUGAGGAGACUAUCAUGGAAGCUGGCAGUGGUGAGGAGACUAUCAUGGAAGCUGGCAGUGGUGAGGAGACGAUCAUGGAAGCUGGCACUUAUGGGGAGACUAUCAUGCAAGCUGGCACUGAUGAGAAGACAAUGGAGGAAGCUGGCACUAGUGAGGAGACUAUCAUGGAAGCUGGCACUGAUGAGGAGACUAUCAUGGAAGCUGCUAUUGGUGAGGAGACGGUCAUGGAAGCUGGUAUUGGUGAGGGAACUAUUGUUGAUGCAGGCACUGGUGAGGAGACCGGAACACAAAGCCACAGUUCUUGUGACCAACCUCUGCCCAUUGAACUUCCUGAUCCACAAUCUGUACCUGCUGUUGGCGCAAGUUCUUUAUUUGCCCCUUCUGACAUAGAACAGAUUGUGAGUGCUGGCUUCACCAUGCAGGAUGCCAUCCUGGCUCUGGAAAAAGCAGAUGGGCAUGCAGAAGUUGCUCUCCUUGCUCUGCUAGCCAAGAAGAUCACCGUCCCCACAUAACCGUGUUCUAUCAUCAGCCUGUAGGCAACGGAAAUGAGUUGUGUUGGGUUCCUCGAUGACUACAAGCUGUGACUGUCUGUGAUGACAAGGCCGUGCCUUUCUAUAUGAGGAGUAACGGUGCCACCUAGCAGCUCCUGCUGGCAUUGCAGGUUUUGUUCUGAACAGUUAAAUGUUGUGAUGUUUCUCUAGGUUGUGCCUCUUCAUUGUCCACUUUGAAUGUUCCAAAAUGCAACAAUCUCAUUAGAGGUUUGUGGGGCACGUCAGGUUCUCUGCACUGUGGGCUUCAUUAGGGUGUGAGUUCCCUUCUUGCUGCUUUGGUUUUAGGGGUGAGGUUUAGGUUGUGCUUUUGUCGGUUGGGGUAGAACUGAGGGCUAAGGGGGUGGUCUCUGGGAACACCAUAUGGAGAAGCUUCUGCCCUGCUCUACCACCACCCUGACACUAUGUUGAGGCUGUUCUUUUAUAGACUGGGCCAGACUUUCUAGGAAAUUGCAUUUUGGGGGUGCGUUACCAUUCACUUUUUUUAGAAAAAAGUUUUUACAUUUUAUUAAAUUGAGUGGAGCCUCUCGGGAGUGGGGGUGUGUCUCUAAGUGUGGUGGGCUCAUCACUUGCAGGGACAUCUCUUUGGAUCAACAGCCCUCGUGCUCAGUAGAAGGGGGGGUGCACUGAAAUGGGUCAGAUUCCAUCAAAUUACCAAGUCUUAUCGUUUACACGUCUUUGGAAAGGGGCGGGGUUACACUUGCUGGGGGAGGAGUUUCACCCUCUAAUUGAUGGGACGUAUCGAGGUGCUGAUAAACUGUCACAUUUCUGUCGUAUGUUGUUUAUCUCCUGAAACCGGAUUUUUAUUAUAAUGAAUAUAUGGGCUGGGCACUAGGGACAUGUGAUUGGCUGAAUGUUGGGGACCCGCAAGAUCUGGGCGGGUACAAACUGCUCAUACGUGUGUGAUUGGCUGGGGGUUGGGAUCAUAUAGACUUCAUAUACACAGAACCCUAAUAUUUAUUGGGGAGAUUGGCGCAAAGCACUCGCCCUGUGUAUGGCAUGUCCUCACUUUGCUACUUUGCUGUUCUGCAAGAAAGACAAUGACCCGGUCCAUAUGGAGCGCGACCCAGGGGGCAUUUCCAGGUAAUAAGCCUCUUGUUAGGAGUUUGGGGGCGGGGUAUAAACAUGUGACUGACAGGCCCUAACUGCCACAUUCUCAGGGUGGGCUGAUGACACUUGAAAUCUUGUACCAUUUUGUCUUUGCUUUGUGUCACUCUAUGUCGGAGGAGCCUCACUGCUUCUCUGUAUAAACGUGAGACAGACAGUAAACUACAGCUCCCAGCAUCCCCUGAGAGUCUCCCAUCCCUGCUGUGAGAAUGCCCAGGAAGACUUGGCUGGAUUUUGUGCCUUCCCCCCCCCCCCAGGUUUCUAAAGUCAGUCGCUGCGCAGAACAUUGACAGGGAGGGGCUUGGAAACUGGAUGUUACUGGAGUUUGUAUUUAAAAAACAAUAAAAAAAAUUUUUUUUGUCAA